AUGUACCACCUCUUCAAAGGCCUCUACCUCUACGCAACAAGCAAAGAAGAAUACUCAAUCCUUCUCCUCGGUCUCGAUAACGCCGGCAAAACUACCCUACUCGAACAAAUCAAAGCGCACCACUCCAACUCCCUGCAUCCCAACCUCAAGACCGUCCCGACGGUCGGUCAGAACGUCGCAACCGUGACACGCCCGGAGCUAUACCUCAAGAUCUGGGACGUCGGCGGGCAGCACUCGCUGCGCGGGCUAUGGCAGAGUUACUAUUCUUCGUGCCACGCAAUCGUGUUCGUCAUCGACAGCACCGAUGUCGGCGACGCAGACGUCACGAAGCUGGCCUCGCUAAGUCCCGUCGAGGCGGAUAGCGAGGCGGUCGGGAGGCUGGACGAGUGUCGGAUGGUACUGGAAGAUGUGCUACAGAAUGAGGAUGCAGAGGGGGUGCCGGUGUUAGUGUUGGCGAACAAGCAGGACCGUGAGGACUGUGUCGAGGUGGUGAGGAUUAAGGAGGGGCUGGUGAGGAAGGUGUUUGAGGGGGAGAAGGGGGGCAAUGUGAGGGAUAGUAGGGUAUUGCCAUGUAGUGCAUUGACGGGCACAGGCGUUCAGGAGGCUGUGGAGUGGUUGUGUAGUAGGGUGAAGUGGAAUAAAGAGAGUCGGCCGCCGGUUAUGAGGUGA